AACAUUCCUCUUGGAUUUGAAAUGCACCAGCGGCAGUUCCACCCCUUCUGAAAGUACAGCCUGACGUCUUGCAGUUCAGCCUGAGCAGCUGCUGGAGCUACAAAGUCUUUUUUCCUCUUCUGUCAGGAUGGGUGCGAUACGGCUUCCCAACUUGUCUAGGAUCCUGUGUUUUUCUUUUCACAUUACUCUCAUUCUGCUUCAACAGACUACUGCAGCACGAGAACUGAAGUUCGUGGUUGUACUUUUCCGACAUGGUGACCGAACACCAAUUGUAAACUUUCCAACUGAUCUACACAAAGAAAGCGAAUGGCCCCAGGGAUUUGGACAACUCACCAAGACUGGAAUGCAGCAGCUAUUUGAACUUGGACAGUACAUGAGGAAACGAUAUUCCAGCUUCUUGAACAGCACUUAUAACCGGCAAGAGUUUUACAUCCAAAGUACAGAUUAUGAUCGCACCAUUAUGAGUGCCCAAUCAUAUCUUUCUGGCCUCUUUCCACCAACUAGCAGCCAAAUUUGGAACCCUGAACUUCUCUGGCAACCCAUUCCAGUUCAUGUUUUUCAAAAAACAACAGAGCAGAGGCUGAAUUUUCCUCUGCCCAACUGUCCUCGUUUUGAUGAACUUCAGCAUGAAACACAAACAUCUAAAGAAUUUCAAAAUAGAAUACAACCAUACAUGGAUUUUUUACAAACAAUGGCAGUUAACACAGGGCUUGAACUAAAUCACCUUAAAAUCCUGGACAAUUUCCAGCUCUGGAAUACAUAUGAUACUCUACAUUGUGAGGAUAUUCACAAUUACACUCUCCCUGUAUGGGCCACUGAAGAUGUAAUCAACAAGAUGGAAAAACUGGCAGAAUUGUCCUUAAUGUCAUUAUUUGGUGUUUAUAAAACAGAAGAGAAAUCACGAUUACAAGGAGGUGUCCUUGUGAAUAUUAUUUUAAACAGUAUUAAACAAGCUGUCAACUCUUCAAAACCAAGAAAAAUGGAGGUCUACUCUGCACAUGACACCACAGUGGGGGCCCUCCAGAUUGCUCUCAAUAUUUUCAAUGGAAAACUGCCACCAUAUGCUGCUUGCCAGAUUUUUGAACUCUACCAAGAAAGCAACGGGCAAUAUAGCAUCGAAAUGCAUUAUCGGAACGACACUUCAAAGGAUCCUUACCUCCUCACUUUGCCAGGGUGCACCUCUUCUUGUCCACUUGAGAAGUUUGCUGAACUAGUUUCUCCUGUGAUUACAGAAAACUGGUCAAAAGAAUGUGGGAAGAAAGACAAAAUGAAAGAUAUUUUUAUCGGAUUUAAUGUUGCGGUUGGCUUGUUGUCCAUUUUUAACCUUGUACUGCUCUACCUCCUUUAUCAUUAUGGACGCUGCAGGCUCAGAAACAGCUACCAAGACAUUUAGAGUGGAAGUAAAGAAAUGAAAGAGAGAGCAGCUAGACAUCAAGGAAUACUUGAAGUUGCUGGUAUCGAACAGUUUGCUAUGGUCAGAAUAAUCUCCAAAGCAUAUUCAAUAUACCUGAAGAGCUGAGGUAUCUGCAGCCUAGCUCCUAAAAUUCUACACAUCCGCAGUGAGAAAUACUGUAGAAACACAUUAUUUUAGGAAUUACUGGAUGGAUGGAUGGAUGGAUGGAUGGAUGGAUGGAUGGAUGGAUGGAUGGAUGGAAUUACUUCAAUUUAUAUCUUUAUUCUACUACUACUAUUAAUCAAUUUUACAUCAAUCAGUGGGGUGCAGGAAUGCUAUUGACUCCUCUUUUUUUUAUACUGCCUAUUACCAUUUAGCCCUCUGCUGCUCAACAAGUCUUUCUUCAAAACUUCACUCCGUAAUAUCUACCUUACUUCCUGUAAAUGGCUAUUUUGUUGAUGGAGAAAAACAGAUUUAGUGAGAAGAAGUUUCAAUUGCUGUAUGAAAAAUACUCAUACCAGCAUUUGGACAUACUGUUCCCAUGUUUAUUUAUUCAAAUCUAUGCAUGAGUUUUGACCUUGGCCUUCAGCUAAUAAAAGUCUUCAGCCUGCUCCUUAAAGGAGUUAGACUACUGUAGCUCUCACUGAAAUUAGUAGAACUGGGAUUAUCUCUGUCACAUAUCCAGGUACUAAGCAAGAAGCUUGCAAAAGCAUCUUGGUCAGUGUCUGUAACUUUAAUAAUAUGGAUAAGUAAAUACAUUAAAAUCUAUUUUCUGUUGUUACCCUGUUUUCCUAUUUUUCUGAAUAUUCUCCCAGUCAUGAAUGAUCCUUUGCUCUGCAUUUCUUUGAGCCAUUCUUAGAACAAUUCCUCAAGCUACCACUCUUUUCAUUAUCUUUUAUUUUAAAUCACAAUAACUCCUUUAACUCCUUGCUCUGUUCACAAUCCUAUAUAUUAGCAAGAUGUACACUAAAAGUAAGAAACCAAUGAUUCUGCUUUUUGUAUGUUGAUCUCUUCUAUGCAUUAUAUUUUGUUUAGAUUGUAAGCUUCUAGUGUCAGGGAGUGUGUUUCUGUAACUGCUUUUGAGUAUUCCAAACUAUAUACAUAAUAAGCACUAAUGCUGCUGUAUAAAAUCCUACUUAUUGUCAUAUGUUUCAAGACUGAAUCAAGACUUUUUCAUUCUGUAGCCCUGCAGUGGAUAGGGUGAAUGACAAUACCAUGGAGAAGUAUCUUUAAAACUUAAGACAACCAUACAAACAGGUGCCAACAGCAGGGUCAGCACAACAGAUAUAAUGUGUUCUGUUGAGAUUCAGAAAGAGAGAAAGCUGAGGGAUGGGGAGAAAGCUGAUGUCUGCUUAGCUCAGACACAGCAUCACAGCAAUGUGGAUACACUGCUUCUGGACUGACUUUCACGCACAUUCUGUGGGUUGCAAUGCGGAGCUCAGAAGCCUCAAUAAGCUAUCACUGAGAUAGUGAUCUAGAGAUCAGCCCUCAAUAUUACAGCUGAAAUGUGAUAAAAUUAUAUAUUAAUUAUGUUAAUUUUAGUGAUAUUAAAUACCAUACAUUAAAUACAUAAUAUAUCAUGAUAUUAAAUAUCAUAUAUUAAAUAGCAUAAGUCAGAGUAACAAAUGCUUGUGAGAAUAUAGCACUUCCCAAAGGUAUUUCUUGUAACAACUUCAGUUAUUGAACUGUCCACCUUUUGAAAAUUAUUUCUUACUCAGUAAAAAGCUUGUAGUAAUAUCCACGACGUUUCCAUUUUAUUUAUUUUAGGAAACAUCAUAAUCAACUGGUCGAUUUGAAUUUUAUAUGUUCAGGAUUUUUAUUGUAUAACAAGUUGAUGCAAAAUUGUCAAAAAGGUGAAAGGCUGUCCCUAAAUCAGACAGUUCAGAUGUACAAUUUUCAGCUUGUAAGUAGUCAUUUUGAUCCUCAUGCAAAAACUUGAAGGAAUAUCUACAUUGCAGUCAAAUAUAUUAAAGCAGCUCUAGGAAAAAAGCCUGAGGUGGCUUGGUUACUAUUAGAAAUGUACUCACAGUGGAAAAAAAUUCAAAGCAAACAGAAAAACUUUUCUUGGCUCCUGUAUCUGCAUAUAUAUAUAUACACACACACACAGUCAGUGGUUACCUGAUACUGAACUCUGCAUUACCACAGCCAUAAUGCUGCUGGUACCCACUUAAGGAUAAAUUAUGUUUUUUAUUAGAGGAAGUCAGAUACUUGACAAAUGAAGAUGUAUUGACUGAUAAUGUGCAGUAAGAACCAGUUUUGAAAUAUUAGAAAAUCAGUCAAUUGCACUCCUCAAGAAUCAGAAUGGGAUGUGUUUUUCCAAGAUUGCUUCUUACAAAAAGAAGCAGAUUCAGACAGAAAGUAAAAUGUGAAGUGUCUGAGACAUCCUGUCUGGUUUAUGCUGCUCAAGCCUAAGCUGUAAGAAUUUCAAAAGAUAAGGCAAUUCUUUUUGCAGCAGGAGCUGUCAGGAAGGAGUUUUAUUGUAGGGACACCUUUCUGUUAACAGAUAGUCAUACUUGAAAAUGCAUAUGCACUUUUAGAAAGGAUCCAGUGAACACAAGUUACAGAGAAUGUGAUGACAAGUUCAGAUGAUGUAACUUCAGAAUAAAUGAGUGUACAUUAAAGAUGUAGUAACUUAGUGAAGUAGGCCCUGAAUCUCACUUAUAGAAAAGAUGUUUUGUCUUGCUGUGUUUAAAUCAAGUCAAAUUUCUCCAGUGGAGUAAAAGGUUGUACAUGUAGACAAGUCCAUAGCUUUUUUAUUUUUUCAGCUAUAUUUACAAUUUGCUUAGUAUAAUCUGCAGACUGUUCACGAUUAGAAAAUAUUUUGUCUCCAACCAACUUGUGGCACUGCAAUAAAGUACUUUAAAGAAACAAUUCAAUAUUUUCUAUUUUAUCUUAUUGAAAAACAAUGGACCUUUCAGUACAUCAAGAAUUUCCAAGCAUAAGUAAAUGUUCAGAUUGGUUGCUUCUGUAAGAACAGAUUUUAAAGCCCUUCUGCGUUGAUAUGAAUAAAGUUGAUGACAUGAAGCUCUU